AUGAAUUGCGGAAAUUCCUUUUCAGACAAGGUCAGUCAACAUGAGAAUAGAUAGUGAUUCAUUAUCAGUUCAGGAAACAAGUGUGAAACCCGCAGAAAAGGUAGCCGAAGAAAAAAUUAUCAAAAAAUCCGAGUAUUUCUAUGAAAUCAUUGAAGAAGCAUGUUUGGGAAGUAAAUGCGUUGAAAUAUACCGAGAUCUUUACGAGGUAAUUGAAAAAAAUAUUUACAUAUCUCAGAUCAGAAAGUUUUUAUAGGUUCCUGAAUUACGCGACGAGUUCAUCCAGUUGUUUGCAAAUAUGCAGUCUUUGUCUUUAAUUUUCAAAAUGUCCGCAUUCAAUCUUGAAAAUUCUGAAAUUGAUCACACAGUUGACAAGGUUAGUAUGAGAAAACCUAUGAAAAUAGCCUCCUUGUAAACAAUCCUAAUUUUUUGAAUUUCAGGAAUAUUUGGAUCACUUUGACGAGCACGUAAUGGAAAUAGAUGAGAUUAUCACCAAAGUUAUGGAACACAAAAAACACGUCUUGGAGAUGAUCUAUACAUUACAAAAAGAUGAUACUGUUACAAGAGCUUUGAGAAUCCGAAAAUUCCCAAAUAUCAUUGAAUUUGUAAAAGAAUUCACAAUUCCUGAUUUUAUGCAUACAAUGAUUGUGGAUUUUAUCACUUAUUCGUGGAGAUUGAGAGAUGUACGUUAGUUUUUCUUUAAAAAAUUGAAUUUUUCAUUCGUUAAUUUCAGAAGAAACUGAGGCCAUGUCCAGCGUUUUUCAAGGAAGCCCGUUCGAUUAUUUUCAAAAACAUCUUCAAUUGGUCAACAUGGUAUUCACGAGUUCUGAUCUGCCUGAUUCCAGUUGUCCGCGUUUCCCAUUUGUAUGUCUUCUGGGAUAACAUUCACGAUGUUUCCAAGAUGAGAAAAUUUUGCAUCUCUGGAAUGUGCUCCAAAUGUGCGUUGUGA